AUGAAUACGGCUAAGACAUUGCGCACAUCGAACUUUAAGGAAAGAAAAAAGCGUAACCAUGACGGAAGCGCGACUUCUGCCGUCGCUGGCAUCCUUUUGGGAGGCCUUCGCAAACACAAGAUAGGCUUGGGAGACGACUCCUCCGGCGCGCUUUGCGAUCCUCUUCUGAAGAACGGUAACAAGCGUGUCGUCAUCAAGGCUGGGUCCAUUAAGAACGAUUGGUUGGGGCUAUGGAAAGCGCCGCUCCGCAAUCCCUUCAACAUGUACGGUACCGUUCCAUCGCAAAUUAUGUUAAGGGACAAGAGAAAGACCUUUUCGUUUCCACCACUUACGGAUGGUUCAGGAGAGUCUACGGAUGCCGUGGACAUUCGCGAAUGUAUUGACUCAAUCAAGAUAUCUUCCGUCGCGGGUGAAGAUGCAGUUGCUGGUGUCUGCAAGGACGUUGCGGAUCGGCUACCGGUGACAGGCUCUCUUGAUGUCAACCGCAUAAGUACGAUAUUAUCUGAACCAAAGAGCUCACGAUCUAGCGUCACUGCUUCUACUGCAAGGAGCACGAUAGACAGUUUCCGCUACUCUGACUCGUUUGACGACCUGGUGCCGGAGGGUUCAGCUGGACCAUCUUCGUCGUCGCAUUUAGAGGUACUGCUGAAUAAUCUCUACAUCACCACUGGAAACGGGUUCCUUUCUGGAUCUUUACCAGAAAAUCCAUGGAAGAAUAAAAAUCAAGUGGAUGCGGACUUUAUCGCAGUGUCAUUGGCACGCAGGCGACAUUCGAAUCCUGCCCUGCUUCUCUUCCACGACUUGGAAGCGAUUGUGUCGGCACCGUCACGGUUUUGCAGAUGUGGCUUUCCCCAUUUGCCUCAUCACUCUGUGGCUUGUAGCCUGUGCACCGGUGCAACUUCGGAUCGAUUUGGCAGCGUGUCGGCAAACAGCAUAUCGCACGGGACGACCAGCCCACGUUUGAGCUCACCGGCUCUGCGAAACAAUCAGUCGCAUGAUGCGAGGGCAUCGAACCACAAAAUACCAUCCGAGGAAGAGAUGCUGCUAUGGAGCGCAUCUACCGACUCUGCGCGUGCAACAAUCCGUAGGGCGGGUGUCAUCCAGCGCCCUGUGAAGUUUGACGUGAAUGACGAUUUCAUGGUGACAGAUGCGGAUGAUUAUGCCGCCCUACAGACGCGCUUUGGCCGAAUCAUUUAUUCUCCAAAAUUCAAGGACCAGCAUUACAUGUACCGCUUUGUUGUACUAACUAAAGAGGCACAGGAAGCGGUGGAGGCGCUAAGUCGCACAUUGCCAAAUAACGGAAAACUGCCAUGUUCGUACAUUCCAUCCAUGGGGGGGAAACGUUUCUUGACGGAGUUCGAGAUAGUUAGACAGCUUGGCAUCCAGAUGUCACCCGGUUGGGAGCACUUCAUGUACUUCAAGAACACACAGAAAGAGCUUGUGCUCAGGAAACGGCUCUGA